UUAGCAGACAUUUCGUAAUCGUUGUUAUGAAAUCAUACCAAAAAUCGACAGAGGUGUGGCGGGGGUGUGGCCUGUCGUGCACGAAAACCUGAUGUUAUGUCUCACAAAAUGGCACAAAAGCGACGAGCAAUUGAGGAUCUUGUGCAAAGAGCAACGGAGUCGAAGAUCAAGAAAUUCGAAAGCAUACGAGGAAAGCAGGUUAUCAACAUCCCCUACUGGGACAUUGUCGUCAUCACAGCCGGGGAUGAAGAUCAAAAGAAUGCUUAUGAUCUUCAACUGAAGGAGAAAUUAGCAAGACAGCAGUUACCUCUAGGCACCAAGUACCAUGUGCUUAAGGACCCUGGAGAUGUUAAAAUUGGACCAGGAGGCUCAAUGAUGGCAGCCCUCUCCUAUCUCCAGACUAUCUACAACCAAAGCCUCUUCACGAAGAAGGUCCUUUUCAUCCCAGCAGGGGGUUAUAGCCAACGGCUACCAAGCGCAAGCCUACUGGGUAAGGUCUUCACAGCGGUUCCCUAUGGACGACCCAUCUAUCAGAUGCUGGAGUUGAUUUUGGCAAUGUACAUUGAUCUUCCUGCUCAUAUGGUCUCUGGAGGCAUCUUCUUGGCUUGUUCGGACGUCAUCAUCCUUUACGACUGCACUGUUGGUGUAGAAUGGUCCUUUGACAAGCCAGGUAUCACUGCCUUUGGACACCCAGCUCCAAUCAAAAUCGGGACAACCCAUGGAGUGUUUUUGUACAAGGACACGCCCAAUGUCUGCUCUCAGGUACAUAUUGUAGAAUGCGAAGAGUUCCUGCACAAGAGAUCUGAAGAUGUCCUCAGGGAAAAGGGUGCCCUUCUACCGCAAACAUGCCAGCAGACCCUUGGCAUCAGUGGUGACUAUGUUCUGGUCGACAGUGGUUACUUCAUGGAUGGUGAGACUGCUAAAAAGCUGAUCGAGUUCUACGAGGAAAGGUCUCCGCUUUCAUGUGAGAUCGAUUCCCACGGCGAUUUCUUGCAUGGCCUCGGGAACUGCGGCAAUAGCAGUUACAUCAAUGACAUGUCCAAUGUCAGCAGUAAAACAGAUAAACUUCUCUCCAUGCGUCAAGAAGUCUUCAAGCUCUUCCAGGGUACACCACUCCAUGUCCUUGUGUUACCCUACUCAAUGUUCUAUCACGUUGGCACAACUGAAGAGCUGCUUGACCAUUUUUGUGAUAACUGCAGCUUAAGGAGAGAACUAAACCUGACCAAAGAUGCCUUCAACAGAUCCGUGGACCUCGGCAUUGGCGACACCAUGCUUGAUGCAAGUUCAGCCAGGGAAGCGUGUGUCAUGAACAGCAUUGUACCUAAGGGUAUGGAUACCAGAAAAGCAUGCAUUGUGGAGUACUGUUACUUCAAGACUAUAUGUUCAGUUGGUGAGAGAUGCAUUGUCAGUAACUGUGUCAUCCAGGCACCAUCCUCAGGCUGUCCUGUCAGCAUACCUCCUUUCACAUUCCUUCACACAGCAGCUGUAAAGCCCAAAGAGGGUAGCACACUCUAUGUCACUAUUUUCUUUGACAUCCGUGAUAACCUCAAACGCGCUGUUCCCCAGCUUGAGGCAGCGGGUCAGCUCUUGUUCUUGAACAAAACCCUUCAGGUUGUGUUUAAUAACUUCAACCACACUUCGCUCCAGGCAAUUUUCCCAGGUAAUACUGCACUCUCCAUAUGGAACGCAAAGCUCUUCCCGCCCAAAGAGACAAUGGAACAGUCUUUUCAGACCACCAUGCAAUUUCUGGAAGAGGUACACUCUGCAAACCCGGACCCACAUUCCCUUGUGGGAGAAGGUUGUCUUUCAAUGGCCGACGUUCUCAAAUGCAAAGAUAUUGAAGCAAUGUUGAAAUACCGCAAGCAGCUCUAUUCUAUGAUUUUAUCUGGAUGAAUAAGAAUACAUGACCCCAAAGUGCCUUAUCUUCUUGAUCUACCCUUGCUUCAUUCUAUCUGCACGAGUGUAGUUUACAUGUUUUUCAAAGUUAAAGGCCCUGUCACAUUGCUUGGUGCAAGCCUUGCUGAUGAAUCAUGGGCAAUCACCCGCAAUUCACCUGCAUCAAAAGUUUUGAGCAUGUUAAAAACUUUCCUGCAUGUAAAUCUUGCAUGCGCUACUGAGGGGCAACUGCGUGUGAGAUGCACGAGAGAUACUGUCAAUGCAGGCGACCUGCGGAUAGCAAUGAUAGUCACCUGCAAGUUACAUUCAAGUCUUGCAUGGAACAAUGUGACAAGGACCGAAGGAACCUUUUUUAAAAGUCUCUGCACUUCUUUUAGCAGGAAUCCUGCUAUACAGUGUGUUUCAGAAAUAAGGAAACCAGAAUUCCCAUGUCUUUUUUCUUCACAGGCAAAUUAAUUAUUCCUCUACAUUUGAUACCUUAUAUGUGACGAGCACUUCACGCAUUAAUGAACAAGACAAGUUUUUAAUGUCAAAAUCAGGUUGCGCAGAAAAGUUGAAGAAGAUUGAUUCAUGAUGACGACCGUGCUUUUUCGUUUGUAUCCUUUGUUAAGUUUUGGUUUGGUUUGGUUUUAUUUUUCGUAUAAAAAUCACAAUAAAAUACAUUGCACAAGAUAUGAUAUUAAAUAUAAAUAUAUAAACAUGCACAAAAAAAUAUACGGAUGGAUCACUCUAUUCAGAGCCAUUGAUAUAAUGGCUCUGUACUUCCUAGAGGUCCAGUUCUUCUCACUGAUCCCUGAAAUGAGAGCGGAUCAGAUUCACACAUGAAUUUCUGCGCAAAUAAAAUCUGACAUGCCUCAAUAUUUUUUUUUUGUAAUCUGCCAUGCGCAGUCGAUGAUGUCCAUCUCUCACUAUUUAUUUUGUUCUUUAUUAUACAAUAAAAUAUUGCCAUUUUACAGAUUUGGUAGUAAUUACCGACUUGAGUGAACCAUAAAAUGUUAAAACAAUGCUAAAUCCACAUGCUCAGGGAGGAAUAAAACUUUGUCUCACAGGACAAUGAGGGCAAAUUAGAAU